AUGCUUGGAUAUGAUUCUGAAGACUCAAUCAGAAACAUAGAAAUAAAAGAAUAUGAAUAUGUGCCAGGAACAGACAGUGAGAGCAGCUUAGAGGACUUUACUGCAUUAAAGGACAAAUGCACCACUAAAGCAAGAUCUGCACCUAAAGCUGGCCAACUUGACAAAUACAUGCUUGGAUAUGAUUCUGAAGACUCAAUCAGCAGCACAGAAAUAACAGAAUAUGAAUAUGUGCCAGAAUAUGAAUAUGUGCCAGGAACAGAAAGUGACAGUGAGAGCAGCUUAGAGGACUUUACUGCAUUAAAGGACAAAUGCACCACUAAAGCAAGAUCUGCACCUAAAGCUGGCCAACUUGACAAAGACAUGCUUGGAAAUAAUUCUGAAGACUCAAUCAGCAGCACAGAAAUAACACGAGAUGAAUGUGUGUCAGGAACAGAAAGUGGCAGUGAGAGCAGCUUAGAGCACUGCACUGUAUUGAAGAACAAAGGCCCCACCAAAGCAAGAUCUGCUCCUAAAGAUGGCCCAAAAAAUACCUAUAAGAGACAUAGAAAUACAGAAUCUGACACCUCUGUGCAAGAAUCCACAAGUUCACUUGAAGUCAUGCACGUUACAAAGACUAAAGAUGGCUCAAGAAGAUACACCAAAAAACAUUACUGUCUCUUUUGUGAGAAACCACAAUCAAAAAUAGCCCGGCAUCUGGAAAUGAUUCAUAAAAGUGAAGCUGAAGUCGCAAAGGCCCUUUCUUUCCCAAAGAACUCCAAGGACAGAAAGCUCCAACUGACUAUACUGAGAAAACGAGGGGACAGAGCACACAACAUGCAAGUCAUAAGAGAAGGCAAAGGUGUUAUAGUUCCUUGUAAACAAACCAGUUCCCCAAAUGGAAAUCCAAAAGAUUUCUUGCACUGUGCAAACUGCCAAGGACUCUUUAAAAGAAAAUUCCUAUGGAAACACAUGAAAAGGUGCCCACUGAGAGGUGUACGUCUGAAACCUGGUAAAACACGAGUGCAGGCUAUUUGUGCCCAUGCACAACCUGUGCCAGAUGGGAUAAGCAAGGGACUGUGGAAACUUGUCAAUGAUAUGACACAAGAUGAGGUGGUAGAUGUCAUAAAGAGAGACAAAUGUAUCAUCCAGUUCGGGGAGCAACAUUACAACAUCAUGGGACACAGACGUGCCAAUCAUGAAUUGAUACGGCAGAAAAUGCGUGAGCUGGGGAGACUGGUUUUGAAAGGGAAGCAGGUGUCACCUCUUACGAGAUUGGAUGAAUACAUUGAUCCAGCCAACUUCUUCCUCACAAUCAGUGCAGUGAAAGCUGUUUGUGGCUUUGACAGUGAAAAGAACACACUAAAGACACCUUCACUAGCCUUAAAACUUGGCCAUAGCCUUCAGAAGGUCGCAGACAUAGUUAGUUGUGAGGCUAGGGUCUCCGGUAACAAGAAAAAGGCUCAGAAGGUGGAGGACUUCAAACAUAUCUAUAAGACAUGCUGGAGAGAGCACAUCUCGUGUCAUGCUCACAAAUCAUUUGAAGAAAAUAAGUUCAGCGCUCCACUGAUCUUGCCAUUUGCUGAAGAUGUCAAGAAACUGCAUAUCCACCUUGAAGAAAAACAGAAAACAUGCUACAGCCAACUUUCCAAAGAACCUAACAGGAAGACGUGGGCACAGCUCGCUAAAGUCACUCUGUCACAAAUGACGGUCUUUAACCGAAAAAGACUAGGGGAAGCCUCCCUGAUGACAGUGGCCUCAUUCGUGUCUCGAGACAAAACUGCUUUACAUGACGAUUAUGGGAACUCCCUCUCAGAUGUUGAACGGGCACUAUGCCAACAUUUUAGUCACAUAGAAAUAAGUGGAAAGCGAUCAAGAAAAGUCGCAGUGCUUCUAUCACCUACAAUGAUCAAAUCAAUGGAGCUGCUUGCGGAGAAGCGCGAACAUUGCGGCGUUCUGAAGGAGAACAUAUAUAUGUUCGCCAUUCCAGGCUGUCCAACAUCAUUCAGCGGAUCAGACUGCCUGCGUCUCUUUGCCAAGAAGUGUGGGGCUAAAUGUCCAGAAUCCCUCUCGUCCACCAAGUUGCGUAAACGCAUCACCACGAUGUCUACUGUACUCAACUUAAAUGACACCGACAUGGACCAGCUAGCUGAUUUCCUGGGACAUGAUCUACGGAUAGACAGGAAAUAUUACAGGUUACCUGAGGGAACACUUCAGCUGGCAAAAAUCACCAAAGUCCUCAUGGCGAUGGAGCAGGGAAGGCUAAACGAAUUCAAGGGGAAAGGUCUUGACCAGAUAGACAUCAGUCCAGCGGGUAUGUAACAAUUUGUCAAUGAAGUUGAACCUGGUACCUCAACCCUGUCAUGGUGACAUCUUCUGAGCAACCUGUCUAUUUCUCCCUCCUUGCUAAGUGAUAUGCUUGCUUGCUUGUAUUUCAGAGUGUGUUGAGCUGGAUGAAGAGAGUGAUACGGACUUCACUGAAGAAACUCCUGGAAGGUCAUGUGAGCCACAAGGUAAACAUUUUGAUGUGGAAUGAAAGUAUUUAAGGCACAGCAGGUUUUAGAAACUUGUUCAAUUUUCAUUUCCAGCCAUAACAUAUUAAUUAAUGACACAAACAUACUGUACCUUUGGGCUGACAGUUUAAUUGAUACUGUAUAUGUAAACAGCAUGUCGUAGGAUUUCAAUACUGACCCGUGGGAUUUAGGAAUUUGUAUUCAUGUGUCUCCAUUGGCUCACCAGAGAGGACACGGGAGGCCAUGGCAGGAAGAUCAGGUAAAGAAACUGCCCAGAUGAAUCUUAUUGUUGUGUUUGUUGUCUGCAUGCAUUUCCAGCACUUAGUCAUAUCAAAAUAGUUUUACACUAGAUUGUUUACUACCACAAAGUGUUAGUAUAGACAUAUUAGUCCUUGCAUGUAGACUGUGGUCUGUGAAUUUGUGGUUUAUAUUUCCUGCCAAGCCAGAUCUUUCAGCUCUUUUCUUUAGUAAGUGGUACUCAGCCACUUUGCUGAAGGAGUCCCAAAUUGUGGUUCUAAAAAUUAACAAGUAAUCCACACACUCGUGAUUUCAUUACUCAUGCUCCAACAAUUACAUUCUGAAAAUGCAAUGUUCCAAUUUUUAAAGGGAGACUCAUUGAUGUGACGUCACGGACAAAACAAGCGGCGAGACCAGUAUUCAUUUUGGCAGCUGUUUUAGUCUUUUAGUCUUAGUCACAUUUUAGUCAUUUCAUCUCUCGUUAGUUUUAGUUAUUAUCAAUCUACUAAAACUGGACAAUUUUAGUGUAGUUUUAAUCACAGCCAUUUUUAAAUGUAAUAUUAUUUUUGUCAUUUAACAGAUGCUCUUAUCCACGGCGACUUACAGGUAGUGCAGUCAUCUAAAGAUAGCUAGGUGGGACAACCACAUAUCCAGUCAUUUUUCUCACCAUCAUAACCAUCAAGGGUGUAAAUAACAGAAAUGCCAGAAGUAUUACUGUACUCCUAAUACUCAACAAAUAGCAUUUGUUUUUCCCAUUGGUAAAUAGCAACUACAACUCGCAGUUGCGGAACGCGAGAGACCGCAUCCGAAUGAAUGUGUUCAAAGCAAAAAUAGCCUACAUGAAAGUAAGAGAGUGAGUAAACAUUAUUGUUUCUACACUGAACAAAAAUAUAAACGCAACAUGUAAAGUGCUGGUCCCAUGUUUGAUGAGCUGAAAUAAAAAAUCCCAGACAUUUUUCAUUUAUAUAAAAAACGUAUUUCUCUCAAAUAUUGUGCACAAAUUUGUUUACAUCCCUGUUAGUGAGCAUUUUAUCCUUUGUCAAGAUAAUCCAUCACCCUGACAGGUGUGGCAUAUCAAGAAGCUGAUUAACAGCAUGAUCAUUACACAGGUGCACCUUGUGCUGGGGACAAUAAAAGGCCACUCUAAAAUGUGCAGUUUAGUCACACAACACCCUGCUGACUGCAGGAAUGUCUACCAGAGCUGUUGCCAGAAAAUUUAAUAUUCAUUUCUCUACCAUAACGUCGUUUUAGAGAGUUUGGCAGUAUGUCCAACCGGCCUCACAACCACAGACCACGUGUAACUAGGCCAGCCCAGGACCUCCACAUCCGGCUUCUUCACCUGCGGGAUCGUCUGAGGAGGGCUGGGUUGAUGGGGGUGCUGAGGAGUAUUUCUGUCUGUAAUAAACCCUUUUGAGGGGAAAAACUCAUUUUGAUUGGCUGGGCCUGGUUCCCCAGUGGGUGGGCUUAUGCCAUCCCAGUGACAAUGUAAUCUGUGUGCCUACAGUUGCUCAUACCCCCUCUUUUUCUAAACAUGUUGGAGAAAUUAAUCUUCAGUUCCAGAUAUGUCACACCACUGUCUCCUUUGGUGGUGUAUAAUUGGCAAGGAAAUGUGUUUCAGGGGCUUCAGGAGUGGAGAACAACACAUCAUACAAUUCAGACAACGAUUCUGCAGGUAAGAUAUGAGUAGACAGUUUAAUAGAUCCUGUAUACGGCAUGCAAACGGCAUGUCAUAGGAUACGGGAGGCCAUGGCCUCCUCUAUAGUCUCUCCUAUUCUGAGAUCUCCAAAACUACAGGCUCAAACUUAAUUCUGUAAGGAAAACUAAGAAGAUUUGGCCAUUUAACAAUUUAUUGAAUCAAAUAUAAAUGGCAAUAUAUUUAGUAUUGGCUUUGCUCCUUUCGGGGUACUAGCUACAACAAAAGCAUCAUAAAAGUUAACAAUUAAACGAAACAAUAGGUAGAGAAUGGAAUAAUCUUCAUUCCCCAUAGGGAUAGAGCAGACCCAAAGCAGGCGGAGACUGGAGGUAGGGGAUGCAGAACAAAAAGGGCGGUAGGUAACGUAGCGGUUAGAGCGUUGAGCCAGUAAUUGAAAGGUUGCUGGUUCGAAUCUCCAAGCUGACAAGGUGAAAAAAUCUGUAGAUACUCCUUUAAGUCGCUCUGGAUAAGAGUGUCUGCUAAAUGACUAAAAUGUUAAAAAAUUUAAUAAAAAAAAUAAGCAUUUAGUAUCCAGUUUGUAAACAGCAUGCAACAUUAUAACAUGACUUUAGUUAAGCAGCAAAAGCACAUGCAUAAAAUUCAAACAACAAACAUGUAUGGUGAUGCAGCAGAAAGGAUGUGCAUUGUCAGGCAGCAUCAGAAUGGAAGUGCUCUUAAAUGCCUCAAAUAUUUUUUAAUUGUUGUGUUUACUUGUCCUAAGGUUCUAAGAAGAGGAAGUGGAGUGAGGAGGAGAAAGGGGCAGUGGAAGAAAAAAUUAUAAUAAUCAUGGACUCUGGAGCUACUCCAGGGAAAGCAGACUCUUGCAUGCAUCAAGGCAGCGCCACAAGCCCUCAGAGAGCGGGACUGGCGUGCAGUGAAGUAUUAUGUCAAGAACAGAAUUACAGC